CUCCUGACAUCUACUCGCUAUGAUGCAUGGUUCCACGAGAACUUGCGAUGCUCUCAGCGCAAUUUCAAGCGAAUCGGUGAAGUUUUCCGCCCUCGUGCAACUCUAGAACUACUUCAAGGCCGGGAGCAUUCUUUUGAAAAGAAAAUGGGUUUGCUGCUUUUGUAUCUAGCGUCAUCGGGUAGUAUGAAGGAGGCAGGGCUCGUUUUGGGCAUUUCGAAGCCGUAUGCAGUGUAUACUAUCAACGAGAUGCUUCGAGUAAUU